AUGAAAGACUUUGGUGAGCUAAAGUAUUUCUUAGGGAUUGAAUUUGCCAGGUCCAAGCAAGGUAUCUUAAUGCACCAAAGGAAGUAUGCACUAGAACUUAUUUCUGAAACUGGACCGGGGGCUGCCAAACCUGCUAUUACACCUCUAGAUUACAAUGUAAAGCUCACAACAAAGGAAUAUGAUGAUUGUGUCAAGACUACUAAAUCAGACACAAUCACUUAUGACAAAGUAAUGGAGGAUCAUACUCCAUAUCAAAGGUUGAUAGCUGCACUUAGAAUUGUAAGAUAUCUGAAGAAACAGCCCGGUCAAGGUGUUCAACUAUCUAGUAAUAUUAACAAUACAGUUAUGGGAUUUUGUGAUGUUGAUUGGGCUUCCUGCCCACAUACAAGAAAAUUUGUCAUAGGUUAUAUGAUUAAACUUGGGGAUUCUUUAGUUUCCUGGAAAUAUAAGAAGCAAACAACUAUUUCAAGAAGCUCAGCAGAAACUGAAUAUAGAAGCAUUGUUGCCACAGUUGCAGAGUUAAUUUGGAUGAUUGGCUUACUAAAAUAA